AUGCAGGCAUAUCCCUCUCCAUCAGUUAUCGUGAUUCGUGAACGAGAGAAACCGGGAAAAGAUUGCAGAUUUGAUGGUCCAGAUUUUUUACGGAGAUUUAAGGGGAAGAACAUUAUGUUUGUAGGGGACUCCAUUAGUUACAACCAGAUGCAAUCACUAGUAUGUUUGCUUCAUGCUGCUGCGCCUGAUUCCAAUAUCACAGCGGUGAAGAGUAGCUUGUAUUAUAAUACAACCUUCCAGGACUAUGGAGUUUCAAUUAUACUAUUUGAAUCUCACUACUUAGUGGACAUCGAAGUAGCAGCAAUUGGUCGAGUGUUAAAGCUCGAUUCUAUGAAAAAUGGCAACAUAUGGAAAGCUAUGGACGUUCUGGUUUUCACCAAUUGGCUUUGGUGGUACCGUAGUGGACCAAAGCAACCAUGGGAUUAUAUGGAAGAUGGUGGCAAGGUUCUCAAGGACAUGGAUCGUAUGGAUGCUUUUCGCAAGGCUUUGAAAACUUGGGGCAGGUGGGUUGAUACAUAUGUGGAUCCAGGAAAAACUAAAGUCCUUUUCCAAGGAAUUAAUCCCACCCAUUACAAUGGCAUGGAUUGGAAUAAUCCAGGAGCGAUAAACUGCACAAACGAGACAGCACCCUUAAACGGGUCAACUUACCCAAAGGGUUUGCCAGAAGCAGAAUAUGUAUUGAAGGAUGCCUUAAGUACAAUAAAGAAACCUGUUCAUUUCUUUGACAUAACCACUCUCUCACAACUAAGAAAAGAUGCGCAUCCUGGCCAUUAUAAUUAUGACAAGGGCUUGGAUUGCACUCAUUGGUGUCUUGCAGGGCUUCCAGACACUUGGAAUCAACUUCUAUAUGUAGCUCUCACUAAUUGA